CAGUUCAACAUGUUGCCUGAGCGAUGCUGCGCACCACAGUGGAAGACAUCCUGCCGGUUUACCGGCCACGCACCACAGCCCGAGCAUCAGUGCUCCAUUUGAAGGACCUGUGUGAACAGGAGCACGACCCUCACAAACCCCAGCCACCUCCCAACAGAGAGGAACACAACGCGAGCUCCAUGUGGAGGGAGGCCAUGCGUAAGAGGAGCUACUUGCUGGAGAGGGGCUCCCGGACAGGAGGAGAUGUAAUAGGAGGAGGAGGUGUGCGUGGCCGAAGACAGAGGUCCCUAGACUGGCUGUAUGAUUCCUACUAUCGUAUGAGCCAGCAGCACCCACUCAUUGUUUUUCUGCUCCUCAUUGUGAUGGGUGCCUGUCUGGCUCUGUUGGCUGUUUUCUUCGCCUCUGGGCUGGAUAUCGAGGAUCACAUCGCCUUUGUAAUCACUGUCCCCACUGCACUGGCAAUUUUCCUCACAAUCUUUGUUCUGGUCUGCAUCGAGUCCAUCUUCAAGAAGCUGCUCCGAGUUUUCUCUUUGGUGAUCUGGGCCUGCCUGGUUGCCAUGGGUUACCUCUUUAUGUUUUUUGGAGGAAUCAUCUGUCCCUGGGAUCAGGUGUCUUUCUUCUUGUUCAUCAUCUUUGUGGCAUACACCAUGCUUCCCUUCUCCAUGAGAGAUGCCAUCAUAGCCAGCGUGCUCACCGCGUCCUCUCACACUGUUGUCCUCAGUGUCUGCCUCUCCUCUACAGUCGACCAUGUGGAGCCCCUGGUAUGGCAGAUCCUGGCAAAUAUUAUAAUUUUCAUAUGUGGUAACCUGGCAGGAGCAUACCAUAAGCAUCUGAUGGAACUGGCACUAAAGCAGACAUAUCAAGACACCUGCAACUGCAUAAAAUCACCCAUCAAACUGGAGUUUGAGAAACGACAGCAGGAACGUCUGUUGCUGUCUCUGCUUCCUGCUCACAUUGCCCGAGUGAUGAAAGCUGAAAUCAUACAGAGACUACAGGGGCCGAAGUUUGGUCAGGUGGAAAACACCAACAACUUCCAUAAUUUAUAUGUACAACGUCACACCAAUGUCAGUAUUUUGUAUGCUGAUAUUGUUGGAUUUACCCGCUUGGCCAGUGAUUGCUCACCUGGAGAGUUGGUCCAUAUGUUGAAUGAGCUAUUUGGCAAAUUUGAUCAGAUUGCCAAGGAAAAUGAAUGUAUGCGAAUAAAAAUUUUAGGGGACUGUUAUUACUGUGUAUCUGGCCUCCCAGAGUCCUUGCCAAAUCAUGCUAAAAACUGUGUGAAGAUGGGUCUUGACAUGUGCGAAGCUAUUAAGAAAGUGCGAGACGCCACAGUAGUGGAUAUUAACAUGCGAGUGGGUGUUCACUCUGGAAACGUUCUCUGUGGUGUGAUUGGCCUCCAGAAAUGGCAAUAUGAUGUCUGGUCACAUGAUGUAACUUUAGCCAAUCACAUGGAAGCAGGUGGUGUACCUGGCCGAGUCCACAUCACCUCAGUGACUCUUGAGCACUUGAAUGGGGCAUAUAAGGUUGAAGAUGGAGAUGGCCAGGAACGUGAUCCUUAUCUAAAAGAGCAUGGAGCUGUAACCUACUUAGUGAUCAACCCAAAGGCAGAGAGAAAAAGUCCUCAGCAUCACUACAGACCUAGACACACCAUGGAUGGGGCUAAAAUGAGAGCUUCAGUGAGGAUGACCAGAUACCUGGAAUCAUGGGGUGCAGCCAAGCCUUUCGCCAACCUUCACCACAGAGACAGCAUGACCAAUGAGAACGGAAAAAUCAACACUGCUGAUGUGCCCAUGGGCCAGUACCACUUUCAGAGGCGUUCAGAGAGAAUAAAAUCUCAGAAGAAACGUUUUGAGGAGGAACUCAAUGAGAGGAUGAUUCGAACUUUUGAUGGGAUCAGUUCUCAAAAACAAUGGCUCAAAUCAGAGGACAUUCAGAGAAUAUCUUUGUUUUUCCACAAUAAAACAUUGGAAAAAGAGUAUAGAGCAACGACCCUGCCGGCCUUCAAAUAUUAUGUCACCUGUGCCUGCUUGAUAUUCAUCUGCAUUUUCAUUGUGCAGAUCCUGGUUCUGCCAAAAACUGCAAUAUUGGGAAUAUCAUUUGGAAUGUCUUUCUUAAUUCUGUCUGUGGUUCUGCUCAUUUGCUUCAUUGGACAUUUUUUGCAUUGCGAUAAGACGGCCUCCACAUCUUGGCUCUGGAUCCUUAGAUCCUCAGAAUUCAUCGCUAACAAGCCCUGGCCACGCAUCACCAUCACCAUGGCAACCACAGUCCUCAUCCUGAUCAUGGCCAUCUUCAAUAUGUUCUUUGUAGAGGACAACCUAACAUCCACAGAUGCUGUUUAUAAUGCAUCAAAUGAGACACUUCUUCAGCCUGAUGGACAUCCUAUAUCUUACCUGGACAAUAACACAUUCUACCUUCCUUAUUUUAUCUAUAGCUGUAUUCUGGGCCUGAUUUCCUGCUCAGUGUUUCUGAGGAUCAACUAUGAGCUGAAGAUGCUCAUCAUGCUAACAGCCGUGGUGCUCUACAGCGUCAUCAUACUUCAAACACACGCAUUUCUGCUGGAUGAGUACAGUAAAUUCCUCUACAAAACCGAGAUCCUGGAUAGGCCAGGAGUUCUAAAAGACUUGAAAACUAUGGGCUCUGUGUCUCUCUUUAUAUUCUUCAUCACCCUGCUUGUUCUAGCUAGACAGAAUGAAUAUUACUGUAGGUUGGAUUUCCUGUGGAAGAACAAGUUCAAGAAAGAAUGUGAGGAGAUAGAAACCAUGGAGAAUCUUAAUCGUGUUCUGCUGGAAAACGUUCUGCCAGCCCAUGUAGCAGAGCACUUUCUGGCCAGGAACUGGAAGAACGAGGAUCUGUAUCACCAAUCAUAUGACCUGGUGUGUGUGAUGUUUGCUUCUAUUCCGGACUUCAAAGAGUUCUACACAGAAUCAGAUGUAAACAAGGAGGGACUUGAGUGCCUCAGACUACUCAACGAAAUCAUUGCAGACUUUGAUGAGUUGCUCUCUAAGCCAAAGUUUAGUGGAGUGGAGAAGAUAAAGACCAUUGGAAGCACAUAUAUGGCAGCCACUGGGCUUAAUGCCACACCAGGACCAGAAUAUAUACAGGUAUCAGAAAUGUAUUUUAUUUUUUAUAUAAUAAUACUGUAUCUUAAUUUCAAUUGGACAGCAAUACAUGAAAUUUGGCAUAUUACAAUAACCUGUAUAUCACCAUCUGCAGGUAUUAAUCAUGGACCCGUGAUAGCUGGGGUGAUUGGAGCUCAGAAGCCCCAGUAUGACAUCUGGGGCAACACAGUGAAUGUAGCAAGCAGAAUGGACAGCACAGGAGUGCUGGGCAAAAUACAGGUUACAGAAGAGACGAGUCGUAUCUUGCAGACAUUAGGCUACAUGUGCACAUGCAGAGGAAUUAUAAAUGUAAAAGGGAAAGGAGAGCUCAAAACAUACUUCGUCCAUACUGAGAUGAGCCGGUCUUUAUCCCAGGGGAAUGUAAUGCCAUGAAUCAUAGCAACAAAUGUGCAAUGAACUGCAAACAUCCACAAACGGGAAUAAAAGAGACAUUUGUAAAUAACUGUGCCUAGUUUAGAUGCACGGAGUAUUGGAUGUAUUGAAAGUGAUACCAUUUCUACUGUAUCUCAUAGGCAGGGUUUGUGCACAGGGUACUACUGUAAUUAUGGUAGCAAUUAUUUUGUAUGAAAAUCAAAUACAACAAAAAGUGUUUUGAUGUUUUAAU